CACUUACAGACACAUACACAAAAGCACAACCAUCAUGUCGAUGUCAGCGGCGCAGGCGAGGACAACUCUUAAAGAGGUAAUGCAAUACGUUGAGGAAGGCAUCCACUACGAUGACGAUGGGGAGCUUGAACUACUAACGGAGAGAGUGCCCAGCUACUUCGAAGUCAGAGUGAACAUUCGUGCAAGCAUCGCUGCGAACGGAGAGGAGUCGCUCAGAGCACGGAUGCUAUUGGCACGGUUCACAGAGGCGCGUGAUUUGCGUGUAGACGACAGUGUUGAUACCGGUGCAUACAGCUUGAGAAAAGUGGUUGGUUGGAUGUGCACAGAAGGGAUGUCUGCUGAAGGGAACGUGGAUAUGACAAAGCAGCAGCAGGGCGGAACAUACACAGCAGGUGAUUUCAAGAAGAUGCUCAUGACACAGGCGAGGAAAUGGAGAAUGCUUGUUGAAGAUUCUAACGACGAGCUAAAGAGCGGUGCAACAGAAAUUCUGUUGCUGUCGCGUUUGAAGGACAUACCGCAAGCUCCCCCGCAAGACUUCCAAGAUCUUCCAGUCAUUAUUGCAAACGGGGUGGAGUAUGUUUUACUCGACCAGCUGGUGGAUUUCAUGCAAAAGAGUCCUCAGGAUCGGAAUGUCAUACAUGAGGCAUUGCAUGAUGUGACAGAGCAAGCACUGGCGGGCAAGGACCUCGUUAACUACAAGGUGCGGACUGUGGAAGAGGAUGUCAUAUAUGGAACUCUAUUAUGGGAUGGAAUAUUCAUGGAAGCUUUGCAUCGCCUCACCAUUGCGACUUCUGACGUGGACAGAAAGAGGUCAAGGGAGGAAGGAUGCAAGUUGAUCGCCAGGGAAGCAGAUGUUGCACUUCAAGCUGCAGAUGGACACACUUCAUCAGGGGAAGAAAUUGACAGAACAGUCUCCUUCGUGCGUGGGAGCAUCAUCACAUCCGCAAAGGAGGCAUCCCAUGACGGCAUAAUGGUAACAACGGAGCGGUUCGGUGAGAUAACAGUGCACCCUUUCGUCAUGAACUAUAUACAGGACUAUCCUGAAAGGUCUGCCCUUGCAACUGUGGAAUUCGGUGUUUGUCCAACAUGCACAGUGUCCAAAGACGAUUUGGAUGUCAUCGCCGAUUUCACCAACUGCAGGAGAUCGCAGACGCUAGAGACGCAACUUGCCGCGGACUGCUUCAACAGUGGGGACAACGACAUUCAUCGUGCUGCUGAGGCACGAAUGUCAAAAUUGGACAUGCAUAAGCAUGUUCAAGAGAACGGCCUAUGGGGAUUCUACAGGGGUCCGCAUGGUGACGAUCUUGAACUAGAUUACCAUCUCGCUUUGCAACCAGACCGAGGCAAUCGGUCGACGGGUAUGACUGCAGAGGCUGGAAAGAGACCCAAGAGGGUGGACGAGCAACACUUGUUCCCGUUCACGUGGAAAUCAAGAAGACACGCCAUAUCGAUAACAAAACGGGACGUAUUGCGAUUGGGUGCCAAGCAGUGGCUGAACGAUAACGUGAUCGAUAUGUACUUACAGUCCGUCUAUGACGAACAUUUUCCAGACGGAGACAAUAUGACACUUCAUGUUUGCACAUCUUUCUGGUACCCCGCAGUCAUCGCCAAUCAGAAGGUUUAUGUCGCGAAAGCGGGAUGGCAAGGGCGGAUCAAGAGUACAUCGCCAAAGCUGCGUCGAAUAAGCAAUGAACUGCGAACAACAAGUGUUGUUCUCAUCCAUGUGAAUCACGAAAACCAUUGGAAAUUGCUCUUGCUACUGAAUGUCGACCAGUUUUUUGGCACUCAGGAGGAAGACGAAGUGGAAAACUUUGCGGAAGAAAUGUCAGAAGAAGUAGAACACGAAAGAAUGCAAGAACGAGGAGAAGGUGACAACAGUGACGGUCACCAUGAUGUCGAUGCAGAGGAGAGCGAUCCGGAGGGAGAAGAGGCAGAGGGAGAGGACAGAUCCGAGGAGGGCGGAGAGGCAGAGGAAGGCAACAGUGAAGACGAAGAAAGAGAGAUUACAUCUGCUGAGAACAGUGCACAAUGCGGAACUGAUGAGAAAAAGGGAGGCGCACCGGAGACUUCAUCGAACGACAAACAAAUUGUGGAGAGGGAGAAUGUACCGCUACAGGGUAAGAUGAAGGGCGCCUUAUAAAGACACCACUAUUUAUGCACAGCCGCAUAGUCGUUAUUGCAUGCCGCAG